AUGGCCAGCCUACAGCCGCCCGGCCCAACCUUGCUGCGGCCGCUGCUGCUGCUCCUGCUGGUGGCCGCGCGCGCCCUGCCCGGCGCCGACGGGACGUGCCCGGAGCGCGCACUGGAGCGGCGGGAGGAGGAGGCGAACGUGGUGCUCACGGGCACCGUGGAGGAGAUCCUCAACGUGGACCCGGUGCAGCACACGUACUCGUGCAAGGUUCGGGUCUGGCGGUACUUGAAGGGCAAAGACGUGGUGACUCAGGAAAGCCUGCUGGACGGUGGCAACAAGGUGGUGAUCGGUGGCUUUGGAGACCCUCUCAUCUGUGACAACCAGGUGUCCACUGGGGACACGAGGAUCUUCUUUGUGAACCCUGCGCCCCCAUACCUGUGGCCAGCCCACAAGAAUGAGCUGAUGCUCAACUCCAGCCUCAUGCGCAUCACCCUGCGGAACCUGGAGGAGGUGGAGCACUGUGUGGAAGACAAACCUGGGACCCACUUCACACCAGUGCCCCCAACACCUCCGGACGCCUGCCGGGGGAUGCUGUGUGGCUUCGGCGCCGUCUGUGAGCCCAGCGCAGAGGGUCCGGGCCAGGCCUCCUGCGUGUGCAGGAAGCGCGCCUGCCCCAGCGUGGUGGCGCCCGUGUGCGGCUCCGACGCCUCCACCUACAGCAACGAGUGUGAGCUGCAGCGGGCACAGUGCAGCCAGCAGCGGCGCAUCCGCCUGCUCUUCCGGGGGCCCUGCGGGCCCCGCGACCCCUGCUCCAACGUGACCUGCAGCUUUGGCAGCACCUGUGUGCGCUCUGCCGAUGGACAGACAGCCACCUGCCUGUGCCCUGCCACCUGCCGGGGGGCUCCUGAGGGCCCCGUGUGCGGCAGUGAUGGUGCCGACUACCCCGGCGAGUGCCAGCUCCUGCGCCGCGCCUGUGCUCGCCAGGAGAACAUCUCCAAGAAGUUCGACGGCCCUUGCGACCCCUGCCAGGGGGCCCUCAGCGACCUGAGCCGCAUCUGCCGUGUGAACCCUCGAACCCGGCGCCCGGAGAUGCUCCUUCAGCCAGAGAGCUGCCCUCCCCGGCACGAGCCCGUGUGUGGGGACGACGGGGUCACCUACGACAACGAAUGUGUCAUGGGCCGCACGGGGGCUGCCCGCGGCAUCCUUCUGCAGAAAGUGCGCUCCGGACAGUGCCAGCCUCGAGACCAGUGCCCAGACACCUGCAGGUUCAACGCCGUGUGCCUGUCCCGCCGAGGCCGCCCCCGCUGCUCCUGUGACCGCGUCGUCUGCGACGGCGCAUACAGACCCGUGUGCGCCAAGGACGGGCGCACGUACGACAGCGAGUGCCGGCGCCAGCAGGCCGAGUGCCGCCAGCAGCGCGCCAUCCCUGCCAGGCACCGGGGCCCGUGUGACCAGCCCCAGUCCCCGUGCCGCGGGGUGCAGUGCCUGCUGGGGGCGGUGUGCGCUGUGAAGAACGGGGAGGCCGAGUGUGUGUGCCAGCAGGCGUGUCCGAGGGUCUACAGCCCCGUGUGCGGCAGCGACGGCGUCACCUAUGGCAGCGCCUGCGAGCUGGAGGCCACGGCCUGUGUCCUUGGGCACGAGAUCCGCGUGGCUCACACAGGACCCUGUGACCGCUGCGGGCAGUGCCGCUUCGGAGCCCUGUGCGAGGCCGAGACCGGGCGCUGCGUGUGCCCCUCCGAGUGCGUGGCGCUGGCCCAGCCCGUGUGCGGCUCUGACGGGCACACGUAUGCCAGCGAGUGUGAGCUGCAUGUCCACGCCUGCACACGCCAGAUCAGCCUGCGCGUGGCUUCGGCUGGACCCUGCCAGACCUGCGGAGACGCGGUGUGUGCCUUCGGGGCCGUGUGCCAGGCGGGGCAGUGCGUGUGCCCCCGGUGCGAGCACCCUCCGCCCGGCCCCGUGUGCGGCAGUGACGGCGUCACCUACCCCAGUGCCUGUGAGCUCCGCGAGGCCGCCUGUCGGCAGCAGACACAGAUCACCGAGGCCCGGGCAGGGUCCUGUGAGCAGGCUGAGUGCGGCUCAGGGGGCUCCGGCUCCGGCGAGGACGGCGAGUGUGAGCGGGAGGUCUGCCUGCAGCACGGCGGCGUCUGGGACGAGGACUCGGAAGACGGGCCGUGUGUGUGCGGCUUCAGCUGCCAGGGUGUCCUGAGGAGCCCGGUCUGCGGCUCCGAUGGUGUCACCUACGCCACAGAGUGCGAGCUGAAGAAGGCCCGGUGCGAGUCCCAGCAGGAGCUGCACGUCGUGGCCCACGGCGCCUGCCGAGGCCCCACUGUGGCCCCGAUGCCGCCCGCGGUCCCCCCGCACUGCACCCAGACGCCCUUUGGCUGCUGUCGGGACAACGUCACUGCUGCCCGGGGUGCGGGCCUGGCUGGCUGCCCCAGCUUGUGCCAGUGUAACCCACACGGCUCCUACAGCGGCACCUGUGACCCGGGCACCGGCCAGUGCUCCUGCCGCCCCGGCGUGGGGGGCCUCAAGUGCGACCGCUGUGAGCCCGGCUUCUGGAACUUCCGUGGCAUCGUCACCGAUGGCCGGAGCGGCUGCACCCCCUGCAGCUGUGACCCGCGGGGUGCCGUGCGGGACGACUGUGAGCAGAUGACAGGGCUGUGCUCCUGCAAGCCCGGGGUGGCUGGACCCAAGUGCGGGCAGUGUCCAGAUGGCCGUGCCCUGGGCCCUGCUGGCUGUGACACAGACUCCUCCGCACCCAAGACCUGUGCCGAGAUGCACUGUGAGUUCGGGGCGUCCUGUGUGGAGGAGGCUGGCUCUGCCCACUGUGUGUGCCCAACACCCGCCUGCCCGGGGGCCAGCGCUGCCAAGGUCUGCGGGUCAGAUGGAGUCACCUACGGGAACGAGUGUCAGCUGAGAACCAUCACCUGCCGCCAGGGCCUGGACAUCUCCGUCCGGCACCUCGGCCCCUGCCAGGAGGCUGUGGCUCCCGCCACCCGCACGACACCUGUGUCUGCGGCCCCCUCCACGCACCCCUUGAAUGAGGCACCCCCACCCAGCGCCCUGCCCCUGGUUCCCAGCAGUACCUCCCACAGCCGGCCCACCUCCAGACCCUCGCCACAACCUUGGACCACGGCCGGCGUCCCCAGGACCACCAGGAGGCCAGUGCUGACCGCGCCCCCCACGGCGCCCCCCACGGCAGCCACCUCUGCCUUCAGCGAAUCCGGCAGCGCUGAUGGGAGCGGCGACGAGGAGCUGAGCGGGGACCUGGAGGCCAGUGGGGCCGGCUCGGGGGGACUUGAGCCCCCCGAGGGCCGCAGUGCUGUGACCCCUGGGCCGCCCAUUGAGAGGGCCUCUUGCUACAACUCCCCUUUGGGCUGCUGCUCGGACGGCAAGACACCCUCAGUGGACGCCGAGGGCUCCAGCUGUCCUGCCACCAGGGCGUUCCAGGGUGUGCUGGAGCUCGAGGGGGUCGAGGGGCAGGAGCUGUUCUACACGGCGGAGAUGGCCGACCCCAAGUCGGAGCUGUUUGGGGAGACGGCCAGGAGCAUCGAGGGUGCCCUGGACGAGCUCUUCCGGAACUCGGACGUUAAGAAGGACUUCUGGAGUGUCCGCCUGCGGGACUUGGGGCCUGGCAGCUCAGUCCGGGCCAUUGUGGACGUGCACUUUGACCCCAGCACGAGCUUCAGGGCAUCGGACGUGGGCCGGGCCCUCCUGCGGCAGAUCCAGGCGUCCCGGCGCCGGGCCCUGGGGGUGCGGAGACCGCUGCAGGAGCACGUCCGCUUCGUGGACUUGGACUGGCUUCCGGAAUUCUUCACUGGGGCCACCCCCGCUGCAGCGACGGCCAGGGCCACCACCGUGACUGCUUCCGCCGUGACCUCCCGGGCCCCUCACCCCAGCCACACAAGCCGCCCCGUCAGCAGGACCACAGCCCCCCUCACCACACGCCGGCCCCCCCCCACUGCCUCCAGCCAUAUGUCUGGACGCCGGCUCCUGCCCCCAGGCACCCAGCAGCCCCCUCGUCCCUGCGACUCCCAGCCCUGCCUCCAUGGGGGCACCUGCCGGGACCAGGAAUCGGGUGGAACCUUCACCUGCAGCUGCCCGGCUGGCAGGGGGGGCACCGUCUGUGAGAAGGCCCUGCACCCCUUGGUGCCGUCCUUUGGGGGCCAGUCCUUCCUGGCCUUCCCCACCCUCCGUGCCUACCACACGCUGCGCCUGGCGCUGGAGUUCCGCACGCUGGAGCCGCAGGGGCUGCUGCUGUACAACGGCAACGCGCAGGGCAAGGACUUCCUGGCGCUGGCGCUGCUGGGGGGCCGUGUGCAGCUCAGAUUCGACACAGGUUCGGGGCCCGCAGUGCUGACCAGCUCCGUCCCCGUGGAGCCCGGCCGGUGGCACCGCCUGGAGCUGUCUCGGCACUGGCGCCAGGGGGCGCUGUCCGUGGACGGCGAGCCCCCCGUCUCGGGCCAGAGCCCCAGUGGCACUGAUGGCCUCAACCUGGACACAGACCUCUUUGUGGGCGGCGUCCCAGAGGACCAGGCCUCUGUGGUGCUCGAGCGGACCUCUGUCAGCGUCGGCCUGAGGGGCUGCAUCCGCGAGCUGGAUGUCAACAACCAGCGCUUGGAGCUCAGCAACUGGCAAGGGGCCACCAGGAGCUCCGGCGUGGGCGUGUGCGGGGCCCACCCCUGCCAGCCCAGCCCCUGCCAUGGGGGUGCCCCCUGCCAGGCCCUGGAGGCCGGCAUGUUUCGUUGUCAGUGUCCCCCUGGCCGCUUCGGCCCCACCUGUGCUGAGGAGAACCCCUGUGAGCCGAACCCCUGCCAUGGGGCUGCCCCCUGCCGCGUGCUGCCGGGGGGUGAGGCUGCGUGUGACUGCCCCCUGGGACGAGGGGGCGCUCUCUGCCAAACAGUCUCGGAACGGAACGAUCCCCGGCCCUUCCUGGCGGACUUCAACGGCUUCUCCUACCUGGAGCUGAAAGGCCUGCAAACCUUUGAGCGGGACCUGGGGGAGAAGAUGGUGCUGGAGGUGGUGUUCCUGGCCCGGGGCCCCAGCGGACUGCUCCUUUACAACGGGCAGAAGACGGACGGCAGGGGGGACUUCGUGUCGCUGGCCCUGCACGGCGGCCACCUGGAGUUCCGCUACGACCUGGGCAAGGGGGCGGCCGUCAUCAGGAGCAAGGAACCGGUGGUCCUGGGCACCUGGACCCGAGUCUCCCUGGAGCGCAACGGCCGCAAGGGCGCCAUGCGUGUUGGCGACGGGCCCCGCGUGUUGGGGGAGUCCCCGAAAUCCCGAAAGGUGCCGCACACCGUCCUCAACCUGAAGGAGCCACUCUACCUGGGGGGUGCCCCCGACUUCAGCAAGCUGGCCCGGGCUGCCGCCGUGUCCUCUGGCCUCGAUGGGGCCAUCCAGCUGGUCUCCCUGAAAGGCCAACAGUUGCUGACCCAGGAGCACGUGGUGCGGGCCGUGGACGUGUCCUCCUUCACAGACCACCCUUGCACCCACGCCUCAGGCCACCCCUGCCUCCACGGGGCCUCCUGUGUCCCCCGCGAGGCCUCCUACGAGUGCCUGUGCCCUGAGGGCUUCUCGGGGCUGCACUGCGAGAAUGGGCUGCUGGAGAAGUCUGCGGGGGACCUGGACGCCCUGGCCUUCGACGGACACACCUACAUCGAGUACCUCAACGCUGUGACGGAGAGCGAACUGACCAAUGAGAUCCCAGCCCCCAAAGCUCCAGAUUCCGGGGCCCUUCCUAGUGAGAAGGUGCUGCAGAGCGACCACUUGGAGCUCAGCUUGCGCACCGAGGCCACGCAGGGGCUGGUGCUGUGGAGCGGCAAGGCCACGGAGCGGGCCGACUACCUCGCGCUGGCCAUCGUGGACGGGCGCCUGCAGCUGGCCUACGACCUGGGCUCCCAGCCCGUGGUCCUGCGCUCCACCGUGCCCGUCAACACCAACCGCUGGCUGCGGGUCAGGGUGCACAGGGAGCAGAGGGAAGGUUCCCUUCAGGUGGGCAAUGAGGCCCCCGUGACCGGCUCCUCCCCGCUGGGCGCCACGCAGCUGGACACAGACGGAGCCCUGUGGCUAGGAGGCCUGGAGAAACUGCCCCUGGGCCCGGCGCUGCCCAAGGCUUACGGCACCGGCUUCGUGGGCUGCCUGCGGGACGUGGUGGUGGGCCGGCGGCCGCUGCACCUGCUGGAGGACGCGGUCACCAAGCCGCCGCUUCGGCCCUGUGCGUCCCCGUGAGCCGGCCACCGCCCCCACUGCCCGCUCUGCUGUAAUUAUUUUAUAUUUUUGUAAACUCGUUGCUUUUUGAUAUGAUUUUCUUGCCUGUGUUUUGGCUGGAGGGACUCCUGGCCCGGCCUCCCUCCUGUCCAGGCAGGCGAGCUGCAGAGACACUCAUGCGGAGGGACUCCUGGAGGGCGUGGCUGGGACCCAGCCUGGGGACACACCCCUGCCCUGCAGGCCACUCCCAGCCCGCCCGCUGCGCCUCCCUGCCUGGCCGCAGACCCCACCCCCUGAGCUCCUCCGGCCAGUCUUGUUCCCCAGACCAGGAAGCUGCUGCUGGAGUGGAGGGACCAUCUGAGGCUCCCACUGAGCGGGUGCUGGCGGCCCCUCCUGGACCUCCUGUGCCAAUACUGUGACUAGAAAUGACGUUACUGUCGGGGCCACAUGGCGUCCCGGCUCCAGCUGUGUCCCCAGGCCCAGGCCUGUUCCGGGGACCCUGACCCUCAGCUGGCCCCGCCCGCCCAGCCACCUUGGACACCACCGUGUUCCUUCCCUGACACCCCAGAGCCCGUGAGGAGCCCAGAGAGGGCGUGGACCACUGUGUGGUGUGGUUGGCGCCCGCUGCCCGCGUGCCGGGGCAGCUAGCGGCCCCUCUCGAGGACAGAUGUCCAGGCCUGACCACCCACCAUAGCUCUCAGCGCAUCGGUUUUACUUGACACCUGGGCAGUGGGCUGUCACCUUGGCCGAGAGCAGCUGAGGACACCGUACGGCAAGCUCGCACCCAGUUCAGGCCAAGGGGUGGCUGUCCUCUUCAGGAAUGACCGGGGCCGGCUGGGUGUUGGACCAAGGCCUGGGAGUGGGUGCAGGGACGGCAGAGACGGCUGCAGGCCGGAAAUGCCUUAAACUGCAACAUUGUGUCUCAUGCUGACCCAUCCUAUCCCCCCACCGCACCUACAUUCCGGUGGGGGUGACAGUCCCAACGGCCACCGCUGGGGCUGGGCUGUCAGGCCUAUGGGCUGAAGGGCGCCCCCUGUGUCCCAUUACUGACUCCAGUUUGUGUCUGUGUCAAUC